AUAGCAACAAGCAAAGAUGCAGACAUAAAAUCACAUAGUGUUGUACCCAUGACUUAUCUUGAAUAUAUAUAAGACUGGAAAAGUAAUUAACCAACAUGACUGUAAGAAACAUCUAAGUGAUGACAUAAGCAUUGUUAUCUUACCAGUUCAGAAGGAAUAACUUUUCUUUGCUAGUGUCUUCCAAGUAAAGGUCAGCUCAGGGUUUUCUGGAGACAGAAAACAUAAUUCUCAUGUAAAAGAGAGUGCAGAAGAAUCUAAGAUUCACAAGCUAAGGCAGAGAGAGAGAGAGUGGAGAUCAUUGUUAUUCCAGAUGGCUGGAGUUUUAGGACACAUGUGUAUCUGGAUACUAAUUUGUAUCCAUGUAACACCUUUGGUGUUAGCCCAAGGCGGUACUCAGUUUGUGCAUUAUGACUUCAGGAAAGUAGACCUCUACCGUGAUGGAAUGGCAACUAUUGAAGAUGGCGUAUUGCAGAUUACAGGUAAUACAACCAAGAGCACCGGUCAUGCUUUCCACAAAACCCCCAUGAAGUUCACAACUUCGUCUUCAAGUUUGUCUUCAUUUUCAACAGAGUUUGUCUUUGCAAUCCUUCCACUGCACAGCCCCAUUUCUUUCGGUCAAGGUAUGGCUUUUGUGGUAGCUCCUACCACAGACCUCAGGUAUAACGGCACUGAAACUUCAGGGUUAGGGCUAUUCAGCACAGCAAAUGAUAACAAAACUACAAACCACAUCCUGGCGGUAGAGCUUGAUACUAAUGAUAGCCCUGAAGCACUUGACAUAAGUAGUAACCACGUGGGGAUUGAUAUAAACAGCAAAAUCUCGGUCGUAUCUGCCAAUGCUAGUUACUAUAAUCAUACAGAGGGGAAGAACAUAACCCUGCUGCUUGCUAGUGGAAAUAGUAUCCUCAUCUGGAUAGAUUAUGAUGGAAUAGAGAAGCGGCUUAAUGUAACUUUAUCUCCUGUACCAACUCCAAAGCCAGUUUCACCAUUCUUGUCAAGUUCCAUCAAACCAAGGGUGCCUCUCUUGUCAAAAACCAUCAAUAUUUCAGAAAUUUUCAAUGAAACCAUGUUUGUAGGUUUCUCUGGAUCCACAGGCACACUCAGAAGUGACCAAUAUAUUCUUGCAUGGAGUUUCAAGAAAGGUGGACAAGCAGAAAGCCUUGACUUGUCAAAGGUUUUGGAUCCCCCAAAUCCACCUCCACCACCACCAUCCUCUCCACCACCACCAUCCUCUCCACCACCACCAUCAUCUCCGCCGCCACCUACUCUGCCACCAACCUCUCCAACAAAGUCAAGGUCUAAAGGCUCUAGCCUUGCUUUAAUUCUAGGCACUACUAUAGCAGGAACUUUGCUAAUAGUACUAGGAGGAGUUGUGUAUCUUCUUUACAAGAAAAAGAAGUAUGCUGAGGUUCUUGAACAAUGGGAAAAGGAAUAUAGUCCCCAGAGGUACUCCUUCAGGAACCUAUACAAAGCAACCAAGGGUUUUAAGGAGAAUCAACUACUUGGAGCAGGAGGUUUUGGAAAAGUUUACAAGGGAAUACUUCCCUCUGGUACACAAAUCGCUGUUAAGAGAGUCUACCAUGAUGCAGAGCAAGGGAUGAAACAGUAUGUCGCGGAGAUAGCUAGUAUGGGAAGGCUAAGGCACAAGAACUUGGUUCAGCUCCUUGGCUACUGCAGAAGGAGAGGUGAACUGCUUUUGGUUUAUGAAUACAUGCCAAAUGGGAGCCUAGAUAACUACUUGUUCAACAACCAAAACCUCACUUGGUCUCAGAGAUUGAACAUAAUCAAGGGAGUAGCAUCUGCUCUUUUGUAUCUUCAUGAAGACUGGGAACAAGUUGUGCUACACAGAGAUAUCAAAGCUAGCAACAUUCUUUUAGAUGCUGAUCUUAAUGGACGGUUGGGAGAUUUUGGGUUUGCAAGGUUCCAUGAUCGCGGCGAGAAUCUCCAAGCCACGCGUGUGGUUGGAACCAUAGGCUACAUGGCUCCUGAGCUAACUGCAAUGGGUGUGACCACUACCUGGACUGAUGUCUAUGCCUUUGGAGCUUUUAUUCUUGAGGUGGUUUGCGGAAGAAGGCCAGUAGACCCUGAGAGACCCCCUGAGCAAAUGAUUCUACUUAAGUGGGUUGCUAUUUGUGGAAGCAGAGAUAGUUUAAUGGUUACUGUUGACAGUAAACUCGAAGGAAACUUUAAAGCUGAAGAGGUCAAGAUGCUUUUGAAGCUAGGCAUGCUUUGUUCUCAGAGCAACCCAGAGAAUAGACCAAGUAUGAGACUUAUAGUACAAUAUCUUGAAGGAAAUGUCAAUGUUCCGAGCAUAUCAUAUGAUACAGCUGGAUUUGGUAUGCCAAAUAUAAGCAAUGAAACUGUAACACAACGGCCUGAAACCUCCUCAUUAGCUAAUUUCUCUUUUGAAGAUGUUACAGUCCUAUAUGGUGGUCGUUGAAGCCUGCAAGCAAACUUUUAUUCUGCUACAAUGUUGUGUCUCUUAAGUGAAUGAUUGUAUUGUGAUUGGUUGUUGAAUUUACAAUAACAUACAUGUUUUUUUUUGAACAUUUCACUUCAAGAUUUUAGAUUCAAUCUCUUCCAAGCUGAGACCCUUGGUCUCAGGGACUACUAGAACUACAAACAAGAGUGAUACCAAUGCUAUAGCUCCAAAGAGAAGGAAGAGAUUCUCUGCUC